AUGCCCGAAAUGUUAUAUACACCAACGAGCGUCCUCUCGGCGAAGUGGAAUCUCGGCAUUGUGCUGAUCUCAUUCAUCUUGCUGUGGAAUCCAUUAUUGGUCAAUGGUUUGACGGAACCGGCUUCUUUGGAUCGACGUAAUGCCUUGACUGCGAUAUCAUCUGGCGCUGCUGGCUUGGCCAUUUCAACGCUUCCUGGAAAUGCUAAAGCUGCGAACCCUGGAGGAAACGACCAACUUCCGACAUUUUCUGCAUACAACAUCCUUCCCGACAGUGUCAAUAUGGAUCCAAAGUUACAAGCUGUGGAACCGAUCAAAUUCUUGCAAUCCAUAGCACGCAAGGGCGGUUCCGUAUGGCUUGGAGAGCAUCACAACUCGCAGAAAGAUCAUCAAUUCCAAGCAGAACUGGUGCAACGCCUGCAUCAAUCACGCACCAAGGCAAACGUGAAAGCACCCAUGGCGAUUGGCUUGGAACAAGUCCAACGACAGUUUCAGCCCAUCUUGGACGACUAUACUAGCGGCAAAAUUUCAUUGGAGGAGAUGAAACAAGGUGUCGAGUGGGAAAAGCGAUGGAUGUGGGACUUUGAAAACUACCGACCCAUCUUUGAGGCGGCCGAGCGCUUGAACAUUCGACUAGUUGCUCUGAAUGUGGAUUCGGAAGAUUUGUCCGAAGUGGAGAAAGGAGGAUAUGCCCGGCUUCCUUUGAAUCGACUGCGCAAAUACAUCAAAGAUCCCGUCGGUUUUGGUGAGUUUGCCAAAUCACGCCAAUUCAAUACCUAUUCCAGCUACGUCAUCAGCCCCAGUUACAAGAUUCACCAAAAACUAGGUCUUCUUUCCUACACUAUGAAUGGUGAAAAGCUGGAUGACGAAAUGACCUUUUCCAGAUUCUUGUCCGGUCGGAUCUUGUGGGACGAAGGCAUGGCUUCCGCAGCAUCGACCUGGUGUGCCGACAACCCAGGAGGCUUGAUGCUUGGUUUGGUCGGUGCCGAUCACGUCAAGUUUGCCAAUGGCAUUCCUGCUCGAUUCAUGCGAAUGACCAAAGAUGAUGAUGACAUGGCAUGUACCACUGUGAUCAUCAAUCCCACCUUGAUCGAUUCCAGGCCAUCCGGGUCCGUCGCAGGAGUUCCAGGCGCCGAGUCAGUGAGUGCUGACUCCAUCACUCUGCAACUGCGAUACUUGAAGGAUGAUGUAGAUCCGACCAAUGAUGAGUUGCGGAAACUUCCAGAGAGUACAGGGGGUGUGCUCAAGUUUUCCGAUUACAUCAUCGUGACUGCUUAG